AUGGCGGCCGCUGGAAAUGGAGGGGGCGCUUGGGGCGCGUGGCAGGUUGAGCCGGCCAAGUUUACCACGCUCGUGGCCGACUCGAUGAAGGCAUUGUACCCGGAAGAGAUCGCCGACCGCGCGUGGGACAAUGUCGGCCUGCUCGUCGGCAACCACGAGCAAGAGUCGAGCCAGAAGAAGCCAAUUGUGCUCGUCACCAACGACCUGACAUAUCAAGUCGCCACCGACGCCAUCCAGAAAGGCGUCAGCGUCAUUGUCAGCUAUCACCCGUUCAUCUUUUCCGGUCUCAAGUCCAUCACCGACAAGGACCCGCAGCAGUCGACGCUGAUCCGGCUCAUGCAGGCCGGCAUCGCCGUGUACUGCCCGCACACGGCCGUCGACGCCGCGCCCAAUGGUCUAAACACGUGGCUCGCCGACGCCGUCGCCGGUUCGCACGCGACCACGCGCUCCGUCGCCGUCCCGUGCAAGACGGCGCCUGAGAGCCACGCCGGCGCCGGGUACGGCGCGCUGGCCAGAUUUACCAGCGAGGGCAGCACCGUCACCGUCGCGGACAUCAUUAAGCGUCUGGCGCACAAGCUCGGCGACCUGCGGCACGUCAUGGUGGCGUCGCCUGUGGGCGCCGACGUCAGCACGACGCGGGUCCGCAGCUACGGUGUCUGCGCGGGGAGCGGGUAUGACGUGCUCAAGGACGCAGACGUCGACCUGCUCGUCAUGGGCGAGACGAGCCACCACUCGGCGCUGCGCGCCAUUCAGCAGGGCCGCACGCUGCUGCAGGUCUUUCACAGCAACUCGGAGCGCAGCUACCUGCAGCAGGUGCUGGCGCCGGCGCUGCAGGAGAAGCUACGGGAGGCGGUGCCCGACGCGACGGUGGUGCUGAGUGAGUAUGACAAGGACCCGUUUACGGUGAUUGAUGUUAUGGAGUUGUAG